AUGUUGGCUUCGUUGAUAAGAGGAGGGAUGGGCAUAAGGACCAUUGGAUUGGUCAGCAAAUCCAAUCACUUCAAAAUACCCAAAUACGCUCUGGCAUCGGCUCCUUUAAGCUACAAACGGUUUAACUCUUCUUCUGCCGGAAAUGGUGCGCCUGAGGCUGUUUCCGAGAUCACCACCCAGCUCAAAUCUUUUGGCGAAACGGCCAUCGACGCUGCCACAACCAUGACCUCUGAUCAGCUGGGCUACAUGCAUUCCAUUGGCCUGGCAAACGGAUGGACUCCUAGUCCGGCCUGUCAGCAACUUCUCGAGUAUGUUCACGUGUUUAGUGGUGCUCCCUGGUGGCUGACCAUUAUUGGAACUACCCUUGGUGUUCGUCUUCUGCUGUUUCCCGCUGCCAUCAAAGGUGCGGACGCUUCGGCUAGAUCUCAGGCUGCAAACAAGGAGUUUGACCCUUCGCAGCUAAGAGCUGCUCAGACCACCAUGGAGGCCCAGAGGCUGCGUGCUCAGCAGAAGGUUGUGUAUGCCAAACACGGCGUUAAGUUCAGACACCUGCUGUUCCCAUUUCUCCAGAUUAUUUUUGCCUGGGGUAUGUUCAACGGUCUCAGACAUAUGGCAGAAUACCCUGUUGAUGGUCUAUCCACUCAGGGAUAUGCGUGGUUCCCCGAUUUGACGGUUGUGGACCCAUACUACGGAUUGCAGGCUUUUUCUGCAUUCACAUUCGCCCUCAUGUUCUGGGCCAUGAAGGAUGCCCUACCUCCAAUCAUGAAGAAAAUUGGUAUCAUAAUGCCGAUCGGUGGUUUCCUGUUUGCCACAAGUCUCAACAGUGCCAUCGUGCUGUUUUUGUGUACCAACUCGGUGUUUUCUACGGUGCAGAGUGCGAUGUUCCGUUCGCCAGCAAUGAGAAAGGCACUGAAAAUGUAUCCUUUACCAGUUCCAAAAGUUGGAGAGAAGAACAAGAACGUGAUGGAACUCAUGAGUGAAUCUAUCGAGAAACUACAGAAGAACUCGGCUGCAAAGGCCAGCCAGCAGAUGCAAGUCCAGAAAGCCCAUGCUACCCAAGCUGCCAGAGGAGAUCAAAGGUUUGCAAUUGUAAAGAAGCCAAAGGUGAGAAAGGACUGA